GACGAUGCCCGCCCCGACGUGCGCCUCCUGCCACGCGGCGCGCGCCGCCCUCCGCCGCCCGCGCUCGGGGCAGGCGCUGUGCGGCUCCUGCUUCUGUGCCGCCUUCGAGACUGAGGUGCUGCACACGGUGCUCGCGGGCCGCCUGCUGCCGCCCGGCGCCGUGGUGGCCGUGGGCGCUUCGGGAGGCAAGGACUCCACCGUGCUGGCGCACGUGCUGCGCACGCUCGCACCGCGCCUGGACAUCUCGCUGCAGCUCGUGGCGGUGGACGAGGGCAUCGGCGGCUACCGGGAUGCGGCACUGGCGGCCGUACGGUGUCAGGCGGAGCGCUGGGAGCUGCCGCUCACCGUAGUGGCCUACGCAGACCUCUUCGGGGGCUGGACGAUGGACGCCGUGGCCCGCAGCACGGCCGGCUCCGGCCGCAGCCGCUCCUGCUGCACCUUCUGCGGGGUGCUGCGGCGCCGUGCGCUAGAGGAAGGGGCGCGCCUCGUGGGAGCCACGCACAUCGUGACAGGUCACAACGCUGACGACAUGGCGGAGACGGUGCUCAUGAACUUCCUGCGGGGCGACGCGGGGCGGCUGGCGCGGGGCGGGGGCCUGGGGUCCCCCGGCGAGGGCGGCGCCCUGCCGCGCUGCCGCCCGCUGCAGUUGGCGUCGCAGAAGGAGGUGGUGCUGUACGCGCACUUCCGCGGCCUGCGCUACUUCUCGGAGGAGUGCGUGUACGCGCCCGAGGCCUUCCGCGGCCACGCACGCGACCUGCUCAAGCGCCUGGAGGCGGCGCGGCCGUCGGCGGUGCUGGACCUCGUGCACUCGGCCGAGCGCCUGGCGCUGGCUCCGGCCGCGCGGCCCCCGCGUCCCGGCGCCUGCUCCCGCUGCGGGGCGCUGGCCAGCCGCGCGCUCUGCCAGGCCUGCGCGCUCCUGGACGGCCUGAACCGCGGCCGGCCGCGCCUGGCCAUCGGCAAGGGCCGCCGCGGGCUGGACGAGGAGGGGCCGCCGCGGGGCGGGGGGCGGGCUGGGAUCGAGGCCAUCCCCGCCUUCUAAUGGCUCCGGGGUGCAGAGGGGACCUCCAGGCGGGGGCUGCCUGGAAAUGUCACUGUGAAUAAACUUGAGCUACCUUGGUCUGGCCUUCCUUGUGGAGUUGGAAGGGGAUGCAGCUCAUCUUCCCACCUGUCAGCCCUGGUGAUGAUCGGCCUUAGCAUCUUCUUGGCCAUGUCCUCACAGAGACACCAGCUUCCCACAGGACUUUCUGUGAAGGACCCUUUUGGAAGUCCCACAAUAGCAGUGAAUGUGCUCAGCUUCUCAGAUUUCCCUGCAAGCUCUAUCUUGUCCCUCUACACCUGUGCUCAGAUGAACUGCUUAGUGAUGGU